UUUAAUGAGACUGAGAUUUUUGAAGUAGGUCACUAAUUAUUUUAUCCAAACAUGAUGUUAAUAUCACUUUGGGUUCAAUCAAUAGUUGUAUGUAUUAUGAAGAUAAAUCCUCGGGUAAAUAUUAGACUCACAUAUGCAACAGGUUAUUUGGUUUGAUUUCAUUCUAAAUGGUUUGUUAUUCACUCUGACUUCUGCAGCUAUGGACUGGGAGAAGUCACUGAACCGAUCCGGGGUGAACUCUUCUACUCCGGCCUCUUCUUCAUCUCCAUCCAUGUCUGACUCUUCAUCCACCUUCUCUUCCUCCUGCUGCAACUCCUCUCAACCCGUCUUCUUGACUUCUUCACUCUCAGCCAAUGCUUUUUCUGGCCUGGACCUCCUUUAUGACCUGAAGCUCAUCUUUAUUCCUCUCUACUCGGUCGUCGUCCUGGUUGCCUGCUCCGGUAACCUCCUCCUGCUAUUUCUCAUCUGGCACAACAAGAAAAGACACAAUACCACAAAUUUCCUCAUUAGUAACCUGGCGCUUGUUGACCUGGUCAUGUGCAUCUUCUGCGUCCCUUUGACUGCGUCCUACGCUUUUGACCAGCGUGGAUGGGUAUUUGGCCCCUACAUGUGUCAUUUUGUCACUGUAAUGCAGUCAGCAGCUGUCUUCGCAGCAGUCCUGUCCCUCAUGGCCAUCGCAGUGGAUCGGUACGUGGUUGUGGCUUAUCCCAUCCGCAAAAGAGCAGGGUGCCAAUUUUGCUUGGGUCUGGUGACCCUGAUCUGGCUGUCUUCUCUGGCUUUAUCCACACCUACAGCACUACACACAGUUUACCUGGACCUGCAGGCUGCAGGGCUGCAGAUGGCCGUGUGUGAGGAGUUCUGGGAUGGCCAAGAGCAAAGCCGCCUCAUCUACUCCUGUUUCAUCCUCCUAUUCUCCUACUUCGUCCCUCUGUUUGCUGUCUCUAUUUCCUACUGUGCUAUAUCCUAUCAGCUAAAGCAGAGGAUCACGUCGGAUUUGACGGCGUGUCCAGAGAUGAGAUCUGCAAGGACUGCAUGGGGCAGAAGGAGGAGGAAGACCUUCUGCCUGCUGCUGGUGUCCGUCCUCUGUUUCGCCUUCUCAUGGCUCCCCUUACAGGUGGUGAAUCUGAUCCGUGACGUGGACACAGACUUCUCCAUCUUGGGCAAGAGUUACGUGAACAUCAUCCAAGUGUCGAGCCACCUGUUAGCCAUGAGCUCCGCCUGCUACAACCCUUUCAUUUACGCCUCAUUGCACAACAAAUUCCUGUCCUGCCUGUGUCACCACUUCCUGUCCCGGAGGAGAGGAAAAGGAAAGGAUAGAGGUCAGGGGUCAAGCAUCCUAACAAUGUCACACAGAGUGCCGCGCUUUCACACCUCCACCAUUGUGGCAGAUUUACCGGGUGCUGCUGUAAAUAAUGUCGGUCCUCAAGACCUCAACUACUCUUAAAUUGUUGUUUCAGUUGAGCAGGCACAAACGACGUAUCCAUCGGUCUUUUCUUCUGCUCAGUUGGAUUAAAAUUGACACUUGGUAUCUUCUUCACUUCACAUGUAAUAUGAAUCUUGUCAGCCUUCGUGCUGACAGAAGCUGAGUGAAUUCACAGCGAAGUUACAGCCACACUCUGUACAGCUGGUCAUCAUCACAAACAAAAAAAAUACACA